UGGUGGCAACGCAGCCACGCCACUGUGCUCGGAGCACGCGUCUGGACAGGACGGGACAGAGCGGUGCUGUGAGGAGUUUCCUUCGCAGCCAACUCGUUCCUCACUGACCCGAAGCAUUUCCGAGGAUUCUUCUUCUAUCAAGAUCUCUCGAGGCCAGACCACAGGAGCUGGUGACCCGGAGCUUCUCCAAGGCACCACCACUCCUGGUGGAAGGCGCCCUCGAGGACAGGCCACGGGAGUUGGUGACCCGGAGCUUCUCCGAGGCAUCAUCACUCCCUGUGGAAGGUGCCCUUGAGGCCACACCACGAGACUUGGGGACCCGCAGCUUGUCUGAGGCGUCUCCAGUCCCUGUGGAAGGUGUCCUUGAGGCCAGACCACAGGACUUGGGGACCCACAGCUUGUCUGAGGGCUCUCCAAUCCCUGUGGACGGUGCCCUUGAGGCCAGACCACAGGACUUGGGGACCCACAGCUUGUCUGAGGGCUCUCCAAUCCCUGUGGACGGUGCCCUUGGGGCCAUUCGGCAGAACUUGCGACCAGGGGCUUUUCCGAGGCGUCUCUCCUGCAGGUGCCCUCGAGGCCAGACUGCGGCAUGGCGGGGAGACGCUCCGGCCUGUGCAGGCUUCUCAGGAAGAAGAACGAAGGCCCUGGGCCUGCCCCAGCGCGGCAACCUGAGGAGAUGCAAAACUUCCAGCCCCUGCAGCAGGAUCCAGGCCAGCACCGGACAGAAGAGCAUGUCCGUGCCCGCGGCCGCUUCCGCAGAGCAGUUCAGAGGUUUCUGAAAUUCAUAGGGAUUCGGCGUAGAACACCCAGGACCACACCACCUGAGGGCACGGCACAGCCUGACACCAGGACAAACAACCCCAAGGCGAAGCCUGAUGUCGACUCCACGCCGACUGAUCCCACAGCAACCUCUGACACUGCUUUGACCCACGACCUGACAAGCCCUGUCACUGCACUGACCCAUCUCAUGGCGACGGCUGACAUCGCACCAAUUCAUUGUGCAGCAAACUCGGACACCGCUUUGGUUGAUGAGACAACCACCUCUGGCACAGCACCGACUGAUCUCAUGGCAAAGGCUGACAUCGCACCGAUGCCGAUGGAUGGCACAUCAAACCUUGACACGGCACCGAUGGAUGGCACAGGAAUCUCUGGCACUGUGAUGACUGAUGACGUAAAAACCUCUGAAACCACACCGACUGAUGUCAUGGAAAAGUCCAACACCAAAACCACUGAGAGCAUCGGGAACGCUGACACCACACCUACACAGAGUGUGACUGAUGCUCCCAAUUUGGACUUUUUCAAGGAAAAAGGUUUCUCCAAUCAGAAGCAAGUGCCAGCCAUCGUGAGGUACAUCCACCAGUGCCUCACGUUCCAUGUGUCUCCAGAUGUCAGCCUCCACACUAACAUUCUCAGCCUGGUUGGUGCACACCCUCGUGACGUGGUGAUGUCUCUCCUGCACUGUGCCCCAGCGUGUGACAGAGCUGCUGCAAUGAUCUGGAGGACCAUCGCCUCCUCAGGAACGACAGCAGAGAAGGUGCUCCCAACACUGCUCCAAGUCAUGGAGGACUGGCCACUGUACAGCGUCUCCUCCUCCGACGGCGACAACAAAGACGUCUUUGCCCUGGCUGCAACCCUGGCACUGCAGAUGAUCAUCCAGGAGCCAGAGUGCCAAGAUGCACUGAUGAUUUAUGCCCCUCAACUCCUCGUGGCUCUGCUUUUCCAAGUCUUCGUGAGCACAGAGCAGAUGCCAGAGGAGGUCAAGACCUUCUGGAGGCAAUGCCGGGAGCAAUGUGACCUUCCCAACGACCCCAACAGGUUUGCAGUACAGACCAUCAAGGCCCUGCUCUGCUGUCUACACUGGGAGAAUGAGGUGGUGGCAAUGGAAUGUAAGCGUGGCUGGGACACCCUCCUGCAUCCUGACACCCACCACUAUGCAGUGGGGCUGCUGGCCAGGGAGAUGCGCAGCGUUUUGAUCCCCUUCUAUUCCCUGAUCACAACCCACCUGCUCGGGCUGCUCAGCAGCAAGGAGCCCCACUGGGAGCUGCCUGCCCUGGCCUUCCUUGUUGAGCUCCUGGACUAUGUGGAGGGGAGAAAAUGCCAUGAGAGCGUCCUGCCAAUCUUGUCAAAGCACCUGCAGAGCCAGUGCCCUGACAGCCAUCGCCUGGCGCUCAGAGGACUCCUGGUGCUCAGUGUGGAUCCCUCAAUGGCCGAAAGCAUCUGCAGCCUGGCUGAGCACCUCGUGGAGCUGCUUCAUGAUGGAGAUGGAGAUGUGGUCGCCAUGACCCUCUCUGUGUUCCUGAACAUGCUCCAGGACAAGGACAUUGAAGCACUCAGCUCCACUGCCCUGAAGCUGGCUGAGGCGCUCCAGCCACUCUUUGAUAACGACAACAUCCACGUGCAGCUGCUCUCCAUUCGCCUUUUCCAAGAGGUGAUGGAGUUGCUUGCAGAAGAGGGGCCAAAGACCUUGAAUACGCAGGUGCACCAGAGCCUGAUCCCCCUGUUCUUCCAUCUGCACGAUGAGAACCAGUGCGUGGCAGAGGCCUCUCGGGAAACACUGCUUUCUGCUGCAAGUUUCCUCAAGAGGAGGGAUCUCGAGCAGCUGCUGAGGAGGGAGCAGCCCAUCAAGUUCUGCGAUUGCCUGAUGGACAAGGAUGUCAGCCGAAGGGAUGAGCACCUGCACCAAGCCCUGCCAUAUCUGCAGAGCCCACAGCAGCCCUUGAGAGAGGCAGCCGUCAGGUUCAUGGGGGUCGCCGCCUGGCACAUGCAAGACCUGCAGCCCGUCAUGAAGGCCCUGGAAGUCAUGACCGAAGAUGACUGCUCCUCCUACUCCACCAUGCAGACUGCAGUCUUGUCCGCUUUUCGACGGGCAGUAUCUAAGUAAUCUUCUCCACCAAGACAACCAAUGUGCCUGGAACAGCACCGGACAACAGCAAAUACACCACUUCUCAGCGGUGCUGGGCUGGACCCAACUGAGCCUGACGGCAAGGCCAGGCAGCUCCUGGCCUCUCCAUCCCUAUGUACAGCUCCCUCCCUAUGUACAGCUCCCUCCCUCCCUGCCUAUUCCCUUCUCCUGCCCACAGUUCAUCCCUCCCCUUCCCCUUAGGUUAAGAAGAUUCAUCCCUCCCCUUCCCCUUAGGUUAAGAAGAUUCAUCCCUCCC